GCCAAUCGGGCAGCUCCGUUUGGCGCACGAUCGGUGCAGUUGAUAAAUGGAGGAUCCGUGUUUGUCAAGGUAGUUUUGUUUACGCGGAAAUUUUCACUCGAUAACAACUCCCCGCGCGUCUCGUUUGUGCUGAAGAGGUAGAUGAAGAAUAUAACAUGUCCCGCAAUCAUAAGGACAAGUAUGAAAACUCCAACCCACGUCGUAUGUAUACACUCAUGUGCUCUGAAGAUUAUCAAUCGGGGAAGAAAUCUCAUUGGUCGGAGUUGGAGAUAACAGGCAGUAUAAGGAAUUUAAGUCCCAAUUUGUGGCAAAUGACCCAUUUGACAGCUUUGUAUUUGAACGACAAUAGUCUGCAAAGGGUGCCGCCUGAAAUCGGCCGUCUUGCUACCUUGCGCAUUCUAGAUCUCAGUAGCAACAAGCUGCGCAGUCUGCCUGCUGAACUGGGGGACCUUAUCUAUCUCAGGGAGUUGUUAUUGAACCAAAACUUCCUUCGCGUGUUACCAUACGAACUAGGGAAGUUAUUCCAAUUACAAGUGCUUGGACUUCAAGGAAAUCCGCUCAGCAAGGAGGUGAUGGCGUUGUAUGGAAAUGGAGAGCCUGCGGGGACAAACAAGCUGCUGACGUACAUGUUGGACAACUUACAAGAUGUAUCCGGACACGCGCGCGUACUAUACGAUCCAGUUUCACCGCCAUGGAACAUAUACGGUAAUCGAAUAUGGCAAAUGGUUUCUUGUGUGUUUUUUUUUUUCCCCCUAAGAUCUUAACGAUAAAGCAGCGAGUUUCAAUAUUAAGACCGUAAAAUACAACAUGCAAAUUCGCGCUUCUGAGAGUAUGGCAAAUAAUUUUAUUUCAUGAAUUUAGUUUCCGUUUGGAAGGAGAAAAAAGCGAUGUAUUUAACCAUGCGAGACGGCCGAGCAUAAAUGCUGAAAGUAAUUAGGCUCGUGUAACGGUAGGGUCUCGCAUCUUCUGGAUUUAUGGAUCGAUAGACCCGUUAAAUUUGUUAGACUGUUAGCUUCAUAAAUUGCUAGAUAGAUCUGCAGAUUGCCGGCUUCGUAAAUUGCCAAGAUCUAUCGGUCGCUCAAUUACAAAGUCGUUGAUCCAUAAAAUCCUCACGCUUUCUCACUGCAUUACGUAUGUUUACGUGCACAAUGAUCUGAAAUUAGAUCGAUUACACGCUCUCUUCCUCAUUUCUUAUUCUUCACUUUCUAUUUCUAAUAAACGGACGAUGUGCGUGCGUAUGUCUCUCUGUGCGAAAAAA